AUGGCCACAAAAUCUCGCCGCAUCCCGCGAUGUGGAGGUAACAGGCAUUCUCUGCUUGUGGCUUUACCAUUGGAAUCGGCUAUAACAGAAAGAAACCUCCGUUUCUCAUUCCCUCGCUCCCCUUUUCCCUUUCUCGUUCCCAAUGUCACCACCAAGAUCCUCUCCAAGAUCAUCGAGUAUUGCAAGAAGCACGUCAAGGUGGCUGCCGACAAGAUCCCCAAUGACCGCUUCAACGAUGACGAGCUUAAGGCCUGGGAUGCUGAUCUUCACCAGCAACCUCGUCCACCGUCGUACAACAGUCUCGAUUUAUUUCACCCUCUUGAUCCCUCUCACCCACUUUUAACUACCAUCUCUCUCUCACGCCCUUAUGAAAAUCCCCAUCGAAACCCUAAUCCCCUGCCAAGACUUGCAUUCCCCCAUCUCAUCCUCCAUCGAAACCCAAAGGAGCAGACGCCCUCGAUCUUGUCGGUCAGCUCGACAGCGUCCAAGGCAUGGUCGACGCCCUCUCCUCCAUCUGAUGGAAACAAACUAGAGUUGGCUACCGAAAGUUUAGAUGAGAAUGCAAACAAGGAGCAAUCAGAGAUGGUUUUCCAGAUGACUGAAAUUGAUGAUAUGCAGGCCCCUCGUGACCUUUCGCUUGCACAACUUUUAUCAAGGUUUGGAAUGCUCCAUAGCAAGAAAAGGAAAUUCACUUCUGAAAGACUUGUUCUUGCGUUUGUAGGAGCAAGCUGUAUGAUGUUUGCAUGGCAACCCAUGAAAUGUGUACUGGAACUAAUAAUUAGUUGAGAUUAAUGACUUGUAUUAUUAGGAGGCGUCCCAAUGCAGGUAAGAUAAAUAGUUUUUUGUGUUUUUUUAUAAGGUUGAAAAAUUUUCAAAUAUAAAUGAAAGAAAUGGCAGACACCAUGUAAGAGAGUAGAAUCUAUAUCAGAAUAGGUACAUGCAUCUGUGGAAGUGAUAUAAUUGAUGGACUAUGUGAUGAGAUUAUACUUGAGGCGUUAAUAUAAUAUUGUCCCAGUAUGAUGGGCUUACACUUGAGAAUAUGAUACGGUUGAUGGACUAAGUGAUGAGGUUACCCUUGAGGAUAUGAUGUGAUUGUGUGAUAGUGUGAAGUGGUUCCACUUGAGAAUAUGAUAUGGUUGAUAGACUAUAUGAUGAGGUUGCGCUUGAAGAUAUAAUAUGGUUGUGUGACAGUGUGAUAUGGUUCCACUUGAGAAUGUGAUAUGGUUAUCGUACUAUGUGAUGAGGUUGCACUGGAGGAUAUGAUAUGGUUGUGUAAUAGUAUGAUGUGGUUACAUUCGAGAAUAUGAUAUAGUUAAUAAACCAUGUGAUUAUGUUGCACAUUCGGAUAUGAUGUGAUUGUGUGAUAGU